CCCCUCUCUCCCCGCCGGUACACCAGCGGCAACUGCCUCCCCCGACCACCUCUUUUCCACCACCACCACCAUUGCCUUGUUCGACAUCUCUUCUUUUGUCCAUCUUCGUUCUCCGACAACCAUCAGCCACCAUAUCCUCGUCUUCCUUCUCCGGGGACAGCCACCAUCACCAGCUCCGCCAGUUUCUCCCCCUUCCCUGCGUCUUCCGACCAACACCUCGCCAACCACUGCCUCACCUGUAUUCCGGCACCUCACAGUCGCCGUCCGACGACUGCUUAACAGCCAUGGCAGAGGAAGCUGGUAUGUUUGUGGUUCAUCAAACCAUGGGGAGUGUUCUAUGUUGCAAGUGUGGUAUCCCAAUGGCCCCAAAUUCUGCUAAUAUGUGCGUGAAGUGUUUGCGCUCUGAAGUUGACAUCACAGAAGGUUUGCAGAAGCAUGUCAUUGUCAUCCAUUGCCCCGAGUGCGAUUGCUACUUGCAGCCCCCAAGAACAUGGAUUAAAGCCCAACUGGAAUCGAAGGAGCUUUUGACAUUUUGCGUGAAGAGAUUGAAGAAUUUGAAUAAAGUUAGGCUGGUACAUGCUGAGUUUAUCUGGACUGAACCUCACUCCAAGAGGAUUAAAGUCAAGCUGAGAGUUCAGAAAGAGGUACUCAAUGGAGCUAUUCUGGAACAAGCCUAUACUGUUGAGUAUGUUGUGCAAGAACAAAUGUGUGAAUCUUGCACUAGGGUUCAAGCGAACCCUGAUCAAUGGGUGGCUGCUGUCCAACUGCGGCAGCAUGUUUCUCACAGGCGAACAUUCUUCUACUUGGAGCAGCUUAUUCUUAGACAUGAUGCUGCGGCACAAGCUUUAAGAAUUAAGCAGAUGGAUCAUGGAAUUGAUUUCUUUUUUGGUAAUCGCAGUCAUGCUGUUAAGUUUGUGGAGUUUCUGGCCAAGGUUGCCCCCGUUAGGAGUCGUCAUGACAAACAACUUGUCUCACAUGACUCCAAGAGCAAUAAUUACAAUUACAAAUAUACUUUCUCUAUUGAAAUCUGCCCAAUUUGCCGUGAAGAUCUUAUCUGUCUCCCACCAAAAGUUGCUGUGAGUUUGGGAAAUCUCGGUCCGCUUGUUAUAUGCAUGAAAGUGAGUAACAACAUUGCUUUACUAGACCCCUUUACCCUGAGACAUUGUUUCUUGGAUGCUGAUCAAUAUUGGAGGGCAUCUUUUAAGUCUCUACUUUCUAGUAGGCAGCUUGUGGAAUAUAUUAUAUUGGAUUUGGAGAUUGUUUCUUCUGAAGUUAAUAUUGGUGGGUCAAAGUAUACUUUGGCCGAUGCCCAAGUUGCUCGUGUAUCUGAUUUUGGAAAAAAUGACACAAUUUUCUCUAUAAGAACUCAUUUGGGCCAUCUUCUAAAUCCUGGUGAUUAUGCUCUUGGUUAUGACCUGUAUGGAGCUAACAGUAAUGAUAUUGAGCUAGAUAAGUAUAAAGGUCUUGUCCUUCCAGAUGCAAUUUUAAUUAAAAAGAGCUAUGAAGAGAAGCGUCAAAGGAGGCGUGGGAAGCCUCGUUCAUGGAAGCUUAAAUCUCUCAACAUGGAAGUUGAUGAUACUGCAAAAGGCAGGGUUGAGGAGGAUAAGAAAAAUUCUGAGUACGAACAGUUCUUGAGAGACUUAGAAGAGAAUCCUGAUAUGAGGUUUAAUAUGUCAUUAUACCGGAACAAAGAAUACCAGCCAUCAGAAAUGGCUUCAGUGACUGAUGGGGAAGACCUCCCUUCUGUGCCUUUAGACGAGUUGUUUGCUGAUCUUGAUCUAAGUGAAGAGGAAGAUGGGGAGGAUAGCAUGAGGGAGUAAAUUGAAUCCUUAUUUUUCUGCAUCGAAUCAAGAUUUUGGGUAUUUUUGCUAGCUCGACUUUGGUUUUGUAAAUUUUAAAGCACCAUGAUAUUGGAAGAACUUUCUCCUGAUAAUGUUCAAAAUUGCUUGUUGGGCUUAUUUUUUACUUGUAAUUGGUCAGGAUUCCUGCAAUUGCAGACUGGAAUAUUGAUGUCUCCCGGGCUUUGGCAUUCUUGGUAUAUGGUACGAUCUGCAUUAACACUAUUUGGAGACAUGAACAAGGUCUAAAUAUUCGAAAUGGAGUCCUUCAAAAGUUUUGUUUGAUACUGCUGUAGAUGGGCUUAAACCCCCAAUUUGAUGCUUUCUGAUCAUGCCUUUUCUUAAAGUUAUAAGUAGUUUGUAAUGAGUCGUUUCUUUCAUAAUAAACCUUUCUAUCAUCCUUUGACA